AUGGAGAAUCAGAUAAACCAACUUGCUCAACAAGUGGAUCAAUCUUCAAAGGUUCCAGGUCACUUUCCUGGUAACACCGAGCAACCACCUAAGGGUCAAAUUAAUACUGUAACUUUAAGGAAUGGUAGAGAGCUAGAAGACCUUCCACCGAAGGUAGUUCAAAAGAAAGUAGUUGCAGUAGAGGAAGAGAUGUUUGAAGCUAAGAAGAUGAUAGAAAAAGAGAAAAUUAAAGAGAAGAAGGAGCCCAUUGUCAUUAAACCUUACAGGCCACUUGUACCUUUCCCACAACGAUUGGCACAGGCAAAGCUAGAAAAGAACUAUGGGAAAUUCCUAAACAUUCUAAAGAAGUUGCAGACCAACAUCCCAUUCUUGGAUGCAAUCUUAGAGAUGCCCUCCUAUGCUAAAUUUCUGAAGGACAUGCUCUCUAACAAGAGGAAAAUCGAAGAAAAUGCAACAAUCUCACUGACAGCUGAAUGCAAUGCUAUAUUGCAGAACAAGCUUCCAAACAAGCUAGGAGAUCCAGGGAGAUAUUCCAUACCAGUCCAGCUAGGUGACAUCGGAAUAAAGAAGGCUUUAUGUGAUCUAGGGGCAAGUGUCAGUCUUAUGCCCCUAUCAAGAAACUUCAGAUGGGUGAAUUAA